ACAUUAAUAAUAAUAUUCUAAAAUGAUUAUCAAGUUAUCAUUGUUGAUAUUAACAUUUUGUAUCGUACAGUUAGUUUGUGGUCAGGGAGGAUACCAUGAACUACAAUACGAUGUCAAAGCCCUGCGAGAGUUUGACGACUAUAUUAUUGAUUCAUGUCUAACACCUGAUGGCCAGUUGCCGGACACUGCCGAUGAAAUUGUAGAGUAUUGGUGUCGUAAUGCCCUAUCCAAACAUCUAUACCUACUGGGCCUACUGGAGCGUGCAUUUGAACAUAACAUAGCACUGGUCAAUAUUUUCCGGUUGUCAUCGUUUAGCAAAAUACGUGACGUUCAUCGCAUGUGUCGCAAUCGCCAGAUUUUGCCAGUGAUAGCAAUGGUGUUACGGGUUGUCAACAAGUAUUUACCACAAUUGAUGACCAUAUGUCCGAUUGCCAAAAACACUUACCUGCAUGUAGUCGAUCCCAGAUCGGGACUAACGGCUACACAUUUAGUUUGCUUUAUGAAAAAAUUUAUGGCUCAAAUAUUUGGCGUAUUGCCGCCAACAAUACAAAAAGCAUUUAUGCUGGAUCAGUUAAGAAAGUUCAAACAAAAAUUACCCAUCAUCAAAUUGAUUGUUCAUUUACUUCAUAUCGACACCAACUUUAACGACUGUCCACUACCGCGCCGUCGGGCAGACAAUCCAUUGGGAAUCAGGAGCGACAUAACGGCAUUGCUUAUGGCCUUUGAUAAGGUGUCCACUUAUAGGCAUUAAAUUAAUUAAAAAAAACUUGGAUUUAUUAUUAUUAUUAUUUUGUUGGUUGUAUGACAUUGUAUGAUAUAGAUUAAAAUUGUUUGCUA